GUUUGAUCCAGUCGGCAAAGCAGGCGACGGGCCAGGUGCAGAGUGAAGAAACGCAUUUCGAGCUCUUGCUUCACAUCCAGGCCAUUGCAUCCGAGCAGGGGCGCGACGGGUCCGUAAUCGACGGGGCGAGUGUGAGGACCGAGGCGAGCAAAUCGGAAUCGAAGUACGUUGACGAUAUCGACGCAUGCGCUGACUUCGUGGCGAAAUAUGGCGGGGGGUCCCAGGGCCAGUUCAUCAAGGCAAAGCUCGCGGCGACAGAGAUGAUGCACCACCUGGUAAUGGCCGUCGUCAAGGCUCACGUGAACGGCCCCCCCGAGUCCGUGCAGAGUCGAAUGUGCAGGUUUGCGACCCGCUCAGAGAUCGCGCCCCUCUUCGCUAGCACGGAGGCGAAGUCUAAAGCGAUGGCAGCAGAGAAGGCCCUGCGGCAUCUUCACAGCGUUUCCAGGCAGAUCGAUAUCGAUACGAUUGAACGCAUUCCGAUCAUAGGUAAGGCCGACCAGUUGAUAGCAAUGUUGUUGUUAGGGAAAAAGGUGGAUGAACGAUGCGCAAACAUCGAGUGCGUCGCUCACGAGUGCAUCGAGGCAUUGAAGGCAAAGCAAAAUUGUACCAUCGAGAUCGACAAUCCGUAUACCUGCCAGUCGGCCCAGCACGACGGCGGUGCCGAUGGGGACUCCGUCAAGCAGACCCCCUUCAGUGGCAUGCUGCAGUACGACGCCAGCACGGGGGAGCUGGCGAACGCUAACAUCUGCAUCUUGGAGCAGAGAGGGUUUAAGGUUGAUGACACCAUCAAGCUGAAGAAGGACGAUGAAGGUGAUGCAGAAUGGCUCCUUGCACCACAUCGUUAUCCGGUGCCCCAUAUCGAGAAGUACUGCUUUACUACAACCAAGAAAGAGUUGCUCGCUGGGUGGCCAGAUGACGCAGCUUCUAAAUCUACCGAUCUCGUCGCGAUCAACAUCAAGUCAGCAAUUGCUAUGGCCAUGGUAUCUUUGACGUCGAAAUUCGAAGUCGAUGGGGGCGAUCUGAUGGCAGUCAGCAAACCCAACAUGGGCAUUUUCUCUAGGAAGAAGUUCCAGGCGAAAAAGUUGAUCAUCGUGCCGACGGCUCUGGCCAUCAAGCAGUGCGGCGAGAGCGAUCGCCCCUACUUCGAUGUGCCCAGCCCUGGCGAGAGGAUCGCGGGGUCCUUCGCCCUCUCGGACCCUGGCGCUAAAGCGCCGAGCCUUGCUUUCAAGAUCAGGCACGUGGACAGCGCGGAGUUGACGAAGCCGAAUUGCGCCAUCACUAAGCACUCGGUGGCCGUAUCUGUGGGCAACGCUAAAGUGUACGAUAUCAAGAUCCCCGUAGUCACCAACGUCAUGGCUCUGAACGUUGGAGACGAGCUCGCGCUUCCCAAGGUCGCGACCGCUGCCCCGAAGAGGACAUGGAAGAAACGAUUCAGGUCGAACCGCGACGAGAUUCAGGGCACCACAACGACGGUACAUGGUCCGACCAUGGGCGACAUCAAGGGCAUCCCUUUCAAGGUCAUUAUCGACAGGCCUGGCACCCCCCUGUAUGUGCAGCUGGAGGAGGACCUCGUGAUGUACUUGAAGGCGUGCUGCGAGUUCGAGAUCAAGUCGGGAACCGUCCACAGGCAGCAUCCGUCCGAGAAGGUUCCUGCUGAGCUCAAGGUCGACAUUAAGGAGUAUCCUGGGCUGAGCUUCUCUUACACCAAGAGCCAGUUCGUGCUGAAACGUACAGGCGAUGACGGCCAUGUGAGCGUGAGGUACAGGACAGCGAGCUCCGCGGCGGAGGCGAUGCAGUUGUUCGAAUCAGCUCAGGCAGGUGAGGACUCUCAGAGCAAUGCUGGCACCUCCGACGGCGUUGCCGCCGACGACGAGAAAGAGGAGCUUGUCGAAGUCGAGGACGACUGA